AUGAGGAUCAAUCUUUCUUCCGUUGCCUUGUUGGCUUUGACUGGCGCAAUUCCUGGCUCUCAGGCUGGUUGCCCAUAUAUGAUGUCUAAGGAGAGCGGUCCUCACCAGACACACCGAGCUUCCUGCCCCAUGAGUGGGGCGUUCGUUGACCAAGAACAGGCCCAUCAACUUCAUAACCGCCGUUUGGCACAUGAUGAACGUGUUGGUGACUGGGGUGAGCCUGACGAAGGCUACGCGGUAGUCAAACAAGACAUUGCUGAUGCUUUGACAGACUCUAAGGAUUACUGGCCUGCCGACUUCGGCAACUAUGCAGGUCUUAUGAUUCGAUUGGCAUGGCACUGUGCUGGUUCUUACCGCAAGAGUGAUGGACGAGGUGGCUGUGACGGUGGUCGCAUUCGAUUUUCACCUGAACUUACGUGGCCUGACAAUGGAAACUUGAACUUUGCCCUACAACUUCUUGACCCUAUCAAGGAGAAGUACGGAUCCAAGCUCUCCUGGGGUGAUCUCAUCAUCUUGGCUGGUAACGUUGCCAUUGAGAGCACCGGAGGUCCAAUCUUGGGCUUUUGUGGCGGACGCAUCGACGACCCGAACGGUGAUAACUCUCUCAUCCUUGGACCAAACGAAAUGCAAGAAGAGCUGACUCCCUGUGCAACAAUCGACCAGAUAGGCACUUGCGCGUACCCGCUGGGCCCAACUGUGAUUGGCAACAUUUAUGUCGAACCUGAUGGAGCACAUAACUUCAAGGGAGAUGCAGCAGAAAGUCAGAAGGAUGUUGCCGAAGUCUUUUCGCGAAUGGGUUUCAAUGACACCGAAACGGUCGCUCUUGUUGGAGGUGGUCAUGCUUGGGGAAAAUCUCACGGUCCUUGUAUGAGUCCGCCAUGUGGUGAGGAGGGCGCGGAUCUAGGCAUUGGAAUCAACGCAUUCACAAGUGGGUUUGAUGGUAAAUGGACUGUUCGUCCCACUGAAUGGACGAAUGACUACUUUGUAAAUCUGUUUGACGAAGGCCUCAACUGGACUCUCAAGGAAGGCCCAUCAGGAAAGCUCCAAUUCUUCCCCGAGAAUGGCCCUGACAUCAUGAUGUUGGUCACCGAUAUGGCAUUGGCGGAAGGUGACUACAGAGCAAUCUCCGAGCUUUAUCGGGAUGAUAUUGCCGCAUUGGAGCAUGACUUCAAGCACGCUUGGUACCAUUUGACUUCAGCCGACAUGGGACCCGCCAGUCGCUGCUAUGGCAGUGAAGUUCCUCCGGCUCAAGACUUUCAGUACCCUCUUCCAGAUGUUCCAGUUGGCUACGGCAGUAUUGACUUUAUUCCUGUACGCGCUUCCAUUCAAGAUGUUAUUGAUGCGGAUGCUGUCAACAUUGGCCACCUCGCCAACUUGGCCUACCGAAGCGCGAAUACCUUCCGGGCCACCGAUUAUAGGGGUGGUGCCAAUGGGGCUCGCAUCCGCUUUUCCCCAGAAAUGGAUUGGGAGGUAAAUGCAGGUACUGCAGAUGCCUUGGCUCUCCUUGAGCCGGUCAAAGCUGCGUACCCCGAUGUAUCUUAUGCUGAUUUGAUUGUCCUUGCGGGACAAGCUGCCAUUGAAGCUGCUGGUGGCAGUUCCAUGACCUUUUGUGCCGGUCGUGUGGACGCCAUUGACGGCUCAGGAAGCAAAAAUCUAGAUCCUCGAACAUAUGCUCCAUCGGAAGUGAUUGGGAUUCGCGACAAUAAUAACGUCCGAGGUCUUACCCCCGAAGAAGGUGUGGCUCUCUUUGCUAUGCCUGGCGCCGAUGGUGUCUUGAGCAACGCCUUUUUCACCAAUCUCAAGGCAGGCGAGGGAACGUUCACUGCCGAAGAAGAAGCUCUCUUGGAUCCCGAGUUUUCCAGCAUUGUCGAUAUGUUCGUCGAGGACAAUGCCAAGUUCCUUGAGAUGUUUGAAUCUGCCUGGAAUCAUUUGAUGAUCGCUGAUCGUUUCGAUGGCCCAUUGACCAAUGCUUGCGCCGGAGUGGCGACCCCAACACUAGCUGGUGAUCCCACUACCGCUCCAGUUGCUCCAGCUGAUCCCACUGCCGCACCAGGUGAUGCAUCUCCCACUGCCAGCCCCGAGGAAUCAGGAUCGUUCAUUGUGGCGUCCAGCACUGCAUUGAUUUCGUCCUUGGUUUCCGCAAUUCUAUUGUUCUAA